CUGAGGGUGGGACGGUCACCGUAGCUCCGGGUGUCUGCCCAGGAGGUGGGGGCGGAGGCAUGAGGAGGGCUGCUUGGCUUCAGUGAGCGCACCAGGAUGUGCGGGCCGGGGGCCGCGGGCGGGCUGAUGGCGGCGGGAAGGAGCAGCCUGUGAAACGGGGUGACGGUGGCAACCAGCCCGGGCGGGGACCGGGACUGGAAGAGGCGCCUGAGCAGCCGGCUGGUCCGGCGGCUGGGCUGAGGCGGGGCGGCGGGCGGUCAGAGAGACGAGCCCUCCACGGAGCCUGCCGGGGCAGGAAGGGCGACAAGAGUCGUCUGAACAGUUCGCAGAGAGACGAGGGCUAAGUCAGGUUUGGAGGACAAGGGAUCUCAGGAAGUGGCCGUUAGUGGUGAGAAGCUGGUAACAGGCGUUGGUACAAGGAUCCGAAAGGAUCAGGAGGAAAACGGGAGGUGUGUGUAAGUGGCGGACGGGAUCGGGUGACAAGAAAGAAGGUCUGUGUAAGUGAAGGAAAGGUGAGGUGUGGCUAGGUCAAAGGACUAAGAAGACGGUGGGUGGAAGUGGAGAGAGGAACAAGGGAAACGCCGUGGAAGUGUCUGGGGUCCGGCGUCGGAACAGUGCCAGCCUUGGCCGGAAGGCAGCGGAGCGGAGCGCAAACCUGAGCGUUUUCGGAAAUUGGAAGACUUGGUGGCGAACGAGAUUCAGGACUCAGGUCCUGCCUCGGAGAGUCUCGGGCGACGUGUCCGGGAUGUGGGAUCAGAGGCUGGUGAGGCUGGCCUUGUUGCAGCAGCUUCGGGCUGCCUAUGGCAUUAAGGUCAAAGGGAGCCGUGCGCAGUGCGAUCGCAGGAGACGUGAAACGACAGCCACGGAAACCGUGGGUAAAAUAUUUGGAGUACCUUUUAAUGCAUUACCCCAUUCUGUUGUACCAGAAUAUGGACACAUUCCAAGUUUUCUUGUUGAUGCUUGCACAUCUUUAGAAGAACAUAUUCACACAGAAGGGCUUUUUAGGAAAUCAGGAUCUGUUGUUCGUCUAAAAGCACUGAAGAAUAAACUGGAUCAUGGUGAAAGUGGCCUGUCUUCUGCACCUCCUUGUGAUAUUGCAGGACUUCUUAAGCAGUUUUUUAGGGAAUUGCCAGAGCCCAUUCUCCCAGCUGAUUUGCAUGAAGCACUUUUCAAAGCUCAACAGUUAGGAACAGAGGAGAAGAAUAAAGCUACACUGUUGCUCUCCUGUCUUAUGCCUGACCACACAAUUGAUAUAUUAAGAUACUUCUUUAACUUCCUCAGGAAUGUUUCUCUUAGGUCCAGUGAGAAUAAGAUGGAUAGCAGGAAUCUUGCAGUGAUAUUUGCACCAAACCUUCUACAGACAAGUGAAGGACACGAAAAGAUGUCUGCUAACACAGAAAAAAAGCUACGAUUGCAGGCUGAAGUAGUUCAGACUCUUAUUGAUUGUGCAUCAGAUAUUGGGCAUGUUCCAGAUUUCAUCGUGCAGAAGAUACCAGCUAUGUUGGGUGUUGAUGGUCUCUGUGCUACUCCAUCACUGGAAGGUUUUGAAGAAGGUGAAUAUGAAACUCCUGGUGACCAUAAGAGAAAGCGAAGACAAAGUGUAGGAGAUUUUGUUAGUGGAGCCCUAAAUAAACUUAAAUAUAACAGAACACCCUCUAUUACACCUCAACAGGAGAGAAUCGCUCAACUAUCCGAAUCACCAAUGAUUCUCACACCAAAUGCUAAGCGUAAACUGCCAGUAGAUUCUUCUCAUGGUUUCUCAAGUAAGAAAAGGAAGUCAAUCAAGCACAAUUUCAAUGUUGAGCUGUUGCCAAGUAAUCUCUUCAGUAGCAGUUCUACACCAGUGUCAGUUCACUUUGAUACAAGCCCAGAAGGGUCAUCUCAGAGUUCACUCUCUCCUGUAGCCAUCAGUGGAAAUCAUUUGAUCGGUACAGAUAUGCCAAGGCGAAGUAAAAGGAUUGCAAGCAAAAAAGUUUGCAGAGUGGAAUCAGGAAAAGCAGGCUGCUUCUCUCCUAAAAUCAGUCGUAAAGAAAAGGUUCGAAGAUCUCUUCGUGUGAAAUUUGGUCUGGGGAAAAGUAGCAAAGAUGUAAGUGGGUGUUCUGGUGUCAAUAGAUUUGAAAAUGUUGGUCGACGACUUGCAAAUCAACAAAAUUUAAAAAAUAGGAUUGGAUCUGUUAAAACAGGUCUGCUUUUUAGCCCAGAUAUUGAUGAAAGAUUAACAAAGAAAGGUUCAAAAAAGAUUAGUAAGUCUGAGGAAAACUUAUUAACUCCAGAGCGACUAGAUGGAACAAGUUACCGGAUGUCUUGGACAGGACCUAGUGAUUCAUGUUUUCGAGGAAUAGAUACUAAUGAAGCUUCUUCAAUAGAAGGAAAUCUUGAGGUGGAAAACUCUUGUUUGGAGCCUGAUAUUACAGUGGAAAAGUCAUCUGUUAAUUCAUAUGAGCUCACCCCUUCUAAUGUACACAGUAAACAUAAUAACAACGUAACUGGAAGCUCUCUUAGUGGUAAUGAAAAUAACUUGAGCACAGAGACUUUGUUGAAAAUUCAGGAAGCAUUUUCUGAAUCUGGAAGUAAUCUUUAUGCAUUGAUAAAUCGCAGGCAGUCAUCAAUAACUAAUGUGGGGAAAGUAAAAUUAAAUGAAACAUCUUUUUCAGCAUGUAGCCCAGAGAAAAAUCUAUUUGAAACUAAUGAUUUGAAUGUGAUAGGAUCAGAGGAGUACCACACUAGUAAAGGUGAAAAUCGUUUUUCAGAAAGAGACUUCUCACUACAUCAUACUCAAAAAUUAGAUAGAGAAGCAACUAUAAAAUGUUACUCAACUCAGAUGAAGAUGGUACAUGAAGAAAGCAUUCAUUCAAAUAUACCAAACGAUUAUUUAAGCAAGCAGGAAUUGCCCCUCGAUGAACAAAUAAAGAAUCAACAUUCCCCAAGGGAUAAGCUAAAUACUGAAUUAAAGAAGGACAAUGUGACUGAAGAAAAUGUACCGAAAUGCACAGCUUCUAGGGAGGAUGUGGCUAACACCUCUUCCUCAGAGCAGAUUGCGUGUAAUGUAAGCAACUUGUCAAAACCUAAGCCUGUGAGAAUGGUUCAACAGCAGUCAUUGGUAGAAACAUGUGAUACAAUGGUUUCUGAAAGUUUACAAGUAACAGAGCAUGGAAAGGUUUCAGACCACAUACAGUGGUUUAAUAAGCUUUCUUUAAAUGAAUCAAAUAGGACAAAAGUUAAGUCACCUCUUCAGUUUCAGCGUACACCUGUCCGUCAGUCUGUCAGAAGAAUUAAUUCUUUGUUGGAGUAUAACAGACAACCUGUGAGGCAUAAAUUGGCACAUCUUGGUGAUACAGCUUCUCCUCUGGUUAAAUCAGUGAGCUGUGACAGUGCUCUUCCCUCUUGUGUAGAAAGUAGGUCAAAAGAUGCCUCAAUUUCAUGUAGCCAGUCAGGUCCUAAAGAACAGAAUUCUACACCAUACAAACAGUCAAAUGACGCAAUUUUAGAAUCAAGCAUGGAAUUAACUUCUAAAUCUUUCUCACGGAUGAAGAGGCUCCCAGACUCCAUGAAUGCUUCUCUUAGAUCUACCAGAGUUUAUAAACAGAAAGUGAUAUCCGAUGACCAAAUUAAGGUUCCCUUUGAUGAUCUGACAAAUCAUGCUAUAUUAAAAUCUGUUGUAAAUAAUAAUAUGGGCUUUUCUUCUGAGAUAAAUAACAGGGUUCUUAGGAAACCAUCAGAAAGGGAAAGGAUCUGGUAUAAAGGUUCUCCCAAAAAUCCUAUUGGAAAAGCUCAGCUACUACCAACAAGUAAACCUGUAGACUUGUAAUUGGUAAAUGUAAUACUUUGUAGACUUGAAAUUGGUAAAUGUUACACUUUGUAGACUUGAAAUUGGUAAAUGUUAUACUUACCCUUAAUGUAAAUAAAAUUAGCAGUUGGUGAUGUGACUUGAAAGGUAAUCUACAUGUUAAUUUGUAACUCAGGAUCAUUGUUACGUGAUGGAUUUUAAUUUCACUGCACAAGCAACUUGAAUUCUUAAGCUUAUAUAAAAGACUGCUUUGUUUUUCUUAACUAUGGCAAUAUUUAAAACUUUAAUUUUAUUGUGAUCUUUUAAAGCAGAGGUUACACUUUACUUUUUAAAAGAAAUUGUUGACUGGGUUUAUAAGAAAUUUUUGAAAUUUGCAUGAAUUCUAUUUUUUAAGUGUGAUAGGAAGAAUGGAAUGAGUUGUGUCAAUUUCCUGUUAUUAUUCCUCCUAAGUCAAUAAAAGUUUCUAUAGGACAUUUCUAACAUGUAAAGGGAAGAGACAAGUCUUAGAAAUCUUAUUUCUUGAAUUAAUCUUUAUUGUUUUUACCCAAAUACCUAGAAAUUAGCUUGUUUCAAUAGUAUCUCAAUCCCUUCUUCCUAUUUGGGGCAAAGUAAUUAGGUUUCUAUUGCCUGUAGAGUGUGUUCCCUUGAAUUAAGAAUAAUGGCUAAAGCAUAAUAACGACCUGAGUGUCCUCAUAUAGUAUGAUGCUGCAGGAGUCAUUGAUGACUUUUAAGCCAUACUAUUUUUUUAAAGUUAAUUUGCACAAAUACAUUUGUGUCUGUUUUGUCCGAUAUAGAAUUUAAAAUUAAGGAGGAAGAAUUAGCUUGAAAAAUUUAAGCAAGUUGAUUUGUUAUGUGGAGAUGCUUGAUUUUAGAAUUCGAAGUAGUUGAUGUUCCUCCAGAUUUACCUUGGACUCUGACAUGUUAGAUUCUUACAGAAGCCUAAGAUGGUU